AUGAAGAAUGACACUGAAGUUAAUGCAUUUGUACUCAAGGGAUUCACAGACAGCAAUGACCUGCAAAUGAUUCUCUUUUUCCUGUUUCUAGCAGUUUACCUCUUUACUCUCCUAGGAAAUUUAGGACUGACUGGAUUGGUCAUCUUGGAUUCCCGGCUCCACAAUCCCAUGUACUAUUUUCUGAGUGUGUUGUCUUCUGUGGAUGCCUGCUAUUCUACAGAUAUUACCCCUAAUAUGUUAGCAAAUUUUAUAUCAAAAAGUAAAAUAAUUUCAUAUUAUGGAUGUGCAACACAAUCAUUUCUUGCUGUUACUUUUGGAACCACAGAAUGCUUUCUCUUAGCUGCAAUGGCUUAUGAUCGCUAUGUGGCCAUCUACAACCCACUUCUGUAUUCAGUGAGCAUGUCACCCAGGGUCUAUGUGCCACUCAUCAUGGCUUCCUGUGUUGGAGGAAUUCUUCAUGCCAUUUUACAUACAGUGGCCACUUUUAGCCUGUCCUUCUGUGGAUCCAAUGUAAUCAGACACAUAUUCUGUGACAUCCCUCUUCUACUUGCCAUUUCUUGUUCUGACACUCACAUAAAUGAGCUUCUGCUCUUCCUCUUUGUGAGCUCCAUUGAGAUAGUCACCAUCCUGAUUGUCCUGAUCUCCUAUGGCUUCAUCCUGUUGGCCAUUCUGAAGAUGCAUUCUGCUGAAGGGAGGAAGAAAGUGUUCUCCACCUGUGGCUCCCACUUGACUGGAGUAUCCAUUUAUCAUGGGACCAUCCUCUUCAUGUAUGUGAGACCAAGUUCCAGCUAUGCUCUGGAACAUGACAUGAUAGUGUCAAUAUUUUACACCAUCAUGAUUCCCAUGCUGAAUCCCAUCAUCUAUAGUUUGAGAAGAGGCAAUGAAAAGACUUUUGGGGGAAAAUGUGUGUAUGGAUAA